AUGUCUAUCUUCGCUAUCAUCGCACGUAUUCCGAUGUUAUUUGUGUACAACGUUGGACCUACUACCAAUCCCGUCAGGGCCGUGGCUGUUGGACUGUCUACAGCGGCAGCCAUUGUGGGCAUCGCGCCUGCCUUGGCAGGACUCGCAGCUCCUAUUGUAGCGCCGGUAGCGGCAAGCGCUUUAGUCGCGAAAUGGGUAUAUGAUGCGCGCCAGCUGUUCGGCGCGGUGCUCCAGCGCUUUGUCGCGCACAUUUCGCCCCAUGCCGCUGCGUUGGCUCGAGAAGGUUUUGAGGUUUCUCUCCUCGAAGCUGCGAAGUUCCCUCGUUAUCAUAUCGGCGAGAGCCUGCUCGCGUCGAUCCACCCUUUCUUGGCAUUUAUUGGUGCAGAGGAGGCUGUCGUCGACUACGGGUUCAAGAUUAGGGUGCGGGCGGUCUUCAAUGCGUCGAAGUACAUUAGACGGUCGCCGCCCUCGUCGUACAGCCUGAUGGCUCAGGACCCAAAUAAUUGGUCUUGGUCAGCGAUCAGACCAGAAUUUGACGAUUUGCUAUUGCGCCAUGCCUCCAAGUGCGGCGCAACCGCUAUCGAAGAAACAAGAGUUACUGAAAUUCAGUUUGAGGACGAAGGCAAUUCCAAACCCGUUUCAGCCACCUGGAGGAAUACAGGCGCUGUAAUGGAGGGUCGCAUACCCUUCAACUACCUGGUUGAUGCAUCAGGAAAGAACGGGAUCGCGUACGCGAAGUCUCUCAAUAACAGAUGCUUUAACCCAGCCCUUGACAAUGUUGCAUGCUGGGUAUACUGGGAUGCAGAGCACACUUACAAGCCGGGGACCAGGCGUGAACAUGUCAUCUAG